AUGGCGCCCAAAUCAUCACCAGCGGCUCGCACACCAGCCAAAACUCCCUCGCUGAAGCGCCAGCCGUCGUCGUCUUCGGGAACUCAGAAGACUAUAGUACAGUUCUUUUCCAAGUCUGCCUCCAAGCCGACCCCCAAGCCCGCGGCCAAAGGCCCCGACUCAUCGCCAUGCCUCAGAGAGUCUGCCCGAACGAACGAACUCCCCAAGGUCAAGCAACCUCCCAGCGUGACCCCCGUCCCCAGCAGUGACGCCAUGGAGCCCUCGAGCUCCCAGGAGAAUAUGGACGGCACAGGACUCAAGGUAGCUCAGGACUCCUUGCCAUCACCGUCUAUUCCCGCUGAGACUGUGACCCCGCAGGUGUCUCGUAGCAGACCUGUUCUGCCUUCCUCUAGCCCUACGCGAAAGGGUAGAAAGGCCGUCAACUACGCUGAGCAGUCCGAUGACGAAGACGAUGACCCGUUCGAUCGCAUUAGAGCCGCAGGCACGCGUCGUCGUACUAAGACACCCGCUGUUCCAGCUGAUGAUGGCGACGAUUAUGAGGAUGCCGCCAGUAAUGAUGGGCCUGACGAGGACGAAGAAAUGGACGACUUUGUCGUGUCCGACGAGUCGGAUGCUCCCUCACGCUCUAAGAAGCGCAAGCGCCCCGAGACUACAAAGAAAACACAAUCAAGGAAGAAGACAACAGUCUCUUCGCCAAUCAAGGAAGAAGAGACCACAGACGAGGACGAGAUGAUGGAGGAGCUGCCUUCGACUUCCACUGCCCAGCAAUGGCGCUACGAUCCGAAGAGCGUUGCCUCCUCUGCUCCUCGUUCUGCCCAGGGUCCGGCGGUUCGUCGACCAGCCGCUUCCAAGCGGAAGGAGAAGGCUCACGCCACCGAGCCCGAAGCCCGAUAUCCUUGGCUGGCCAACAUCCAAGACGUUAACAAGAACUCCCCUGGCGAUCCCGAGUACGAUCCCUCCUCUGUCUACAUUCCUCCAGGAGCGUGGAGCAAGUUCUCUCCCUUUGAGAAGCAGUACUGGGAAAUCAAGCAGAAACUGUGGGAUACCGUUGUCUUCUUCAAGAAGGGCAAGUUCUACGAGCUGUACGAGAACGAUGCCACUAUUGGUCACCAGCUCUUUGACUUGAAGCUCACAGACCGUGUCAACAUGCGCAUGGUCGGUGUUCCUGAGAGCUCCCUCGACAUGUGGGUCAACCAGUUCGUUGCCAAAGGUUACAAGGUUGCUCGCGUUGAUCAGAUGGAAUCCGCCCUUGGCAAGGAGAUGAGAGAACGAGGCGAUACGUCUGCCAAGGCGAAGAAGGCGGACAAGAUCAUUCGUCGAGAGCUAGCCUGCGUCUUGACUGGCGGCACUCUGGUGGAUGGUAGCAUGCUGCAGGACGACCUGGCGACCUUUUGCGCGUGUAUCAAGGAGUCCGUCAUUGACGGCAGCCCCGCAUUCGGCAUCACGUUUGUGGAUUGCGCGACUGGCCAGUUCUUCAUCUCGGAGUUCGAGGACGAUGCCGACUUGACCAAGUUUGAGACUUUCGUUGCGCAGACCAGCCCCAGAGAGCUCAUUCUGGAGAAGUCGAGAAUUUCAACCAAGGCUCUUCGCAUCCUCAAGAACAACACUUCCCCAAUGACCAUCUGGAACUACUUGAAGUCGGCCACUGAGUUCCUUGACGCGGACAUGAGCCGCCGGGAAAUAUCCAGUGGUGGCUACUUUGCCAACGAGGACGGAGAGGAGACAUGGCCUGAUGCUUUGGCCCAGGCCAAAGACAAGGACCUGCUGAUGUCUUCUUUGGGUGGUCUUAUCCACUAUCUCAAGUUUCUGAAGAUUGAGGGUAGCCUGCUGUCGCAAGGCAACUUCGAGUGGUACACUCCCAUCCGCCGUAACGGUACUCUCAUCCUAGACGGUCAAACCCUGAUCAACUUGGAGAUUUUUGCGAACACUGUGAAUGGCGGCCCCGAAGGCACGCUCUUCACUCUUCUGAACCGAUGUGUCACUCCGUUCGGCAAGCGACUCUUCCGUCAGUGGGUUUGCCACCCGCUUUGCGAUAUCAAACGCAUCAAUGAGCGACUCGAUGCUGUCGAUAUGCUCAACUCUGAUCGAAGCGUCCGAGAACAGUUCUCGUCCCAGAUGACGAAGAUGCCGGACUUGGAGCGUCUCAUUUCCCGAAUUCACGCAACGCUCUGCAAGCCCGAAGAUUUCGUCCGUGUCUUGGAGGGUUUCGAGCAGAUUGAGUACACUAUGGGCCUGCUGGGUGCCUUUGGCGGCGGCAACGGCCUCAUCGAUCGCCUUCUCGCAUCCAUGCCUAAUCUCAACGAGCCACUGUCGUACUGGAAGACUGCUUUCGACCGGAAGAAGGCCAGAGACGAGAAGCUUCUCAUUCCGGAGCGUGGCAUUGAGGAAGACUUCGACAACAGCCAAGAUCGCAUCGAAGAGAUUAAGGAAGAAUUGCAAUCGCUUCUUGGAAGAAAGAAGUCAGAGUUGAAGUGCAAGACAAUCAAAUUCACGGAUAUCGGCAAGGAAAUCUAUCAGAUCGAAGCACCCAAGGCUGUCAAGGUGCCAAACAACUGGCGCCAAAUGUCGGCGACUGCAAGCGUCAAGCGCUACUAUUUUGAAGAGCUGACGGACUUGGUCCGUGAACUUCAGGAAGCAGAGGAGACACACUCUCAGAUCGUCAAGGAGGUUGCUACGCGCUUCUUCCAGCGCUUCGACGCUGAUUACGACACGUGGUCGCAGUCGAUCAGGAUCAUUUCUCAGCUCGACUGCCUCGUUAGUCUUUCCAAGGCUUCGUCAUCGCUGGGUGAGCCCAGUUGCCGCCCGGAAUUUGUGGACGAAGACAGGAGCGUUGUCGAGUUCGAAGAACUUCGCCACCCCUGUAUGCUUAACACAGUGUCUGACUUCAUCCCCAAUGAUGUCAAGUUGGGAGGCGAUUCUGCCAAGAUCAACCUGCUGACCGGUGCCAACGCUGCUGGCAAAUCGACAGUUCUGCGAAUGUCUUGUGUUGCUGUCAUCAUGGCGCAGAUCGGAUGCUACGUGCCCGCUGUGUCUGCACGACUUACCCCCGUUGAUCGAAUCAUGUCACGACUUGGUGCUAAUGACAACAUCUUUGCAUCUCAAUCAACAUUCUUUGUCGAACUGUCGGAGACCAAGAAGAUAUUGUCGGAAGCCACACCACGGUCUUUGGUCAUUCUGGAUGAGCUCGGACGCGGUACCAGCUCCUAUGACGGUGUCGCCGUUGCGCAGGCCGUUUUGCAUCAUGUUGCAACCCACGUAGGCUGCGUUGGCUUCUUCGCGACUCAUUAUCACUCUCUCGCCACUGAGUUUGAAAACCACCCAGAGAUUGUGCCUCGUCGUAUGCAGAUUCACGUUGACGAAGAAGAGCGUCGUGUUACUUUCCUCUACAAGUUGGAGGAAGGUGUUGCGGAGGGCAGUUUCGGAAUGCACUGCGCAGCGAUGUGUGGCAUUUCCAACCGCGUAAUCGAGCGAGCUGAGGUGGCAGCCAAAGAAUGGGAGCACACUAGCAGGCUUAAAGAGAGCCUGGAGAAAGCCAAGUCGGGUUGCUACAUCCCUCUUGGUGUGCUCAGUGAUGUGGCGUCACUGCUUAAUGGUGGCGAUGAGGUCGGGAAGAGGGGUGUUGAGGUGCUUUUGAGAGCCGUGGAGGCUCUUUAA